CUAGCUUUAUGAGUCAAUGGUGUCUCCAAGAACAAAAGGGCCAGUAGCUGUGUCCUUGAUGACAUGACUAAGAGUACUUUUACCAGCUCCAGGAUUACCCACAAGGAGGACGUUAACAUAAGAAUCAAUUGGAUGAGAUGAUUUUGUCACCAAACUUCUUCAAGACCGUGGAAGAAAGAGUAGCAGUGCGACCAUACUCCUCAGUUAGCUAGCUCAAAUGGUGUUCUCCCCUUACUGUCUUUAGCCCGGCAAUGGAUCACAUUUACUAGUUGAUAGUAAAUAUUCAACAGCUGUAGAACAACCACUACGAGCAGCAUAGUGAAGAGGUGUCCUCCUCCACAAACCGUCAACAGCCAUUGGAUCACAGUGACACGCAAUUGACAGAGUAAGAGAACAACUUCUUCAUGCGUACUGUACUACCCCAUAUUCAUGAAUAAAAAUGGUGGUCAUCAGGGUUAAAUUGGUUAAAUUAAAUUUAAUAAAUUAAUAUUUGAAAAUGGCAGAAGGAAAGGGGGAAAGUUCCAGUGAAGCCUCACUGUCCUCUUUAAGUGUUAAAAUGGUGGCAAGAAGGAAAGUAAGGAGACUAGAAAAGAAGCUGGAGUUGUAUGACAGGCAGAUCAGGGAACUGAUGGAACAAGACUUGUCCCUGGAGGACAUGAACAGUGAUAAAAGCACCUACCUCAAGGAGGACCUCAUUAAGAGGAAAUUUAUGGAGACUUGGUUGGAAUUGUGCCAACUCAAGAAGUUAUCACCAACAAUAAAAUUAGAAGAGAAAGGAACGGGCCCAUUUGAUGGUACACCCUAUCCUGAGAUCAAUAGGAAGGUGGAGAGGCUACUCAAAUCAGAAGAGGAUUUCCCUGACUAUUGGGACGUGGCUCAACUAAUUGAUAGAGCCAAUGAGAAACAUUCCUUAGGCAUAAAAGAUAAAGAUAGACAAACGUUGUCAAGGAAAGUAUUCAAGGAAGUCGGUGAGCGAUUAAAGAAAUCAAGAGAUACAGAAUGGAGACAGUUAUUAACUGACUAUAGCAAGGAUCCUACAAAAGAAGACCCUGCACUUACAGAACCAUUACUAAAAGAAACUUUUAAAAAGAGUUUAGAAGAAGGUCAACGGAAACUAACAGAUUUGUUUGAGGAAUAUGUCUCACGUCAAGAGAAGGAGAGUGAUGGUAGCUGUGACUCUUCAUUAGAUGAGGAAACAGAAGCCACUGGCAGCAGCUCCAAGAAGAGAAGGGAGGAGGAGGGAGGGAGUGAGAGGGAAAAGGAUGAGUCUGAUACCAAUGGUACUAAUGAUGUUAUAGUAAUGGGAAACAAAACUGAACAUGAGGUUAUAGUGAUAAGCGAUGAAGACUAGCACACUCUAUGAUACAUAACACAUUACUACUCUAUAUCAUUAUACAUUAUUUUAUUUUAUUAAGUUGGUUUUUAAAA